CCUUACUACAAAAUCAACUACUAUGGUGCGGCAACCUGGUAUACAACAAUGCAUAUAAGUUGCCAUCAAAACAAAUUCAUGAAUUUGCCGCUAGAUGUCUCUAUUCAAUUGUUUACGGUUAUUAUUAUUACGAGACCGGUAGGUCAAUGCAAAUUACAAUUUGUAAUGGUUUAUUAACUGUUCAGUCAUGGGCAAGUGCGGUAUCAUCUUGUUGCUUCUAGCGGCGUUUGCCGGUUUCAUAGGGUUCAAGGUUAAAAAUGCCCUUUUCGAGGUGCCUGAGCUGCCCAAGUUGGAAGAUACUUGGUGGGGUCCCAGGGACCCUAGCAGAGAAGAUAAGGCUAUUACUCCUUUUAAGAUUAAUGUUGCUGAAGAUGUUCUAAAAGACUUAAAGCAUCGCCUGGACAUAAUAAAACCAUUCACCCCGGCUCUUCAAGGCACAAAACAAGACUAUGGCAUGCACCCAGAUUUAUUACAAAAAAUAAUAAACCAUUGGAAAAACAAAUACGACUGGAGAGAGCGCGAGAAAUUCUUGAACCAAUACCCGCAAUUCACUGUCAGUGUGCAAGGCUUAAGAAUCCACUACAUUCACAUAAAACCUAAGAAUGUUGGUAAUAAAAAAGUCAUUCCUAUGCUUUUGUUGCAUGGAUGGCCUGGAUCUGUCCGAGAGUUUUACGAGGCUAUUCCACAUCUAUCAAAACCACAAGAAGAUUUUGUUUUUGAACUUAUUAUUCCUUCUUUGCCAGGUUAUGGUUUUUCUGAAGCUGCCGUAAAACCAGGUCUAGGAGCAGCCCAAAUGGCACAAUUAUUCAAGAAUUUUAUGGACCGUCUGGGUUUUCAGAAGUACUACAUACAGGGUGGAGAUUGGGGUGCAAUUAUUGUCCAGCACAUGGCUCAAUUGUUCCCAGAAAAACUCAUAGGGGUACAUUCUAACAUGUGCUUCGUGAAUACUCCGCUUUCGAACAUGAUUACAUGGUUUGGAGCCUUUUUCCCAAGUUUGGUGGUUACCAGUGAUGAUGAGGCUAGUAAAGUUUAUCCCCUUGCUUGUAAAUAUUCUUAUAUAUUGCAAGAAACCGGCUACAUGCAUUUGCAAGCUUCCAAACCAGACACAAUCGGUUUCGCUCUAAAAGACAAUCCAGCAGGGCUGGCGGCUUAUAUCAUCGAAAAAUUCUCGACUUGGACCAACAAAGAUUAUAGAGACCGUCUUGAUGGAGGUCUGCAAGAAAAAUUCACCUAUGAACAAUUAUUGGAUAACAUUAUGAUCUACCAUGUUACUGGAUCAAUUACAACAUCCGUGCGAUUGUAUGCUGAAUCUUUUAAUAAGGCACAGAUGUCAAUGGGACUCUCAAAGUAAUAUGUUUAAAGGUGCACGAUAAAACUGCAAAAGUUUAAAAUUCUAGAAAUUCUAUUAAAUUCUAGAAUGUUUUUUAGUUCUAGAAUGUUCGCCUCGGAUUCUAGAAUGUUCUCAUUAAAUUCUAGAAUGUUCCUUUUGCGUUCUAGAAUGUUUUAUUUGGAGUCCAUAAUGUUACAGAACAUUUCCUUUUUAGUGUUCCUGUAACUGUUCCAAGCGGUUGCGCAAGACAAACCCACGAACUUAACGUCCCACUGGAAAAGACCUUAAGGCUUCAGUAUCAUAAUUUGGUGCAUUUGAAGGAUUAUGAAGCAGGUCACUUUGCCUUUUUGGAAAUUCCAAAAGUUAUGUCUGAAGAUGUAAUAGAAUUUGUCAAGACAGUGGAAAAAAUGCCAAAGGAGAACAUAAAGUCAGAGUUGUGAUAGAAUAAUGUUUUAUAUUAGUGUUUUGUUUUAAUAUACAGUUUUCUUUAUUAUAAAGGUGUUU